CGCGCGCGCAGUUUUGCGUGUCAUAUCGCGUCAGUCGUCCGCCCGCAGCCGCAAGCAGCGGUCGUGUCUCGCUCGCGUGUGUUGCGUGAUAUAUAAUAUAUUUAUUUUUUUAACAAAUUGAGGAUUGAGAUAGCGUACGGCGCUCGCGCGGCUUGGUAUAAUAAAUUCAGCGGUCAUAUGACGCGAAAACAUCACAACGAACGACUCUAUUUUGUAUAAACAAACACACAAACAUACAUUAUGUCAUCGAAGGCGAUAUACGAAGCGGCCGGCAAGGAUCUUAUAAAUAGGCACAUAGCUCCCGGCACUGCGCUGGUGCCGUGCAGGUAUGCCGUCUUCGAGCAAGGAACUAUAUGGGAAGACGAGCUGGGAAAGAACCCAUGGUUGACUAAGGAGCAACUGGUCGUCAAGCCGGACCAGCUGAUCAAGCGGCGCGGCAAGCUCGGCCUCGUCGGCGUGAACAAGAACGCGGCGGAGGUGCGCAAGUGGAUCGGCGAGCACUCCGGCAGGGAGCAGCGCGUCGGCGCCGCGGCCGGCAAGCUGCGGCGGUUCGUCGUCGAGCCGUUCGUGAAGCACGAGCCGAGCGAAGAAAUGUACCUCUGCAUCCAGUCCGGAAGGAGGUCGGACACCAUCAUGUUCCAUCAUCAGGGGGGCGUCGAUGUCGGCGACGUGGACGCGUUGGCCGUACGACUCGACGUGCCGGUUGAUACCUUUCCCACUGGUGAGGAAAUUGACCGGGUUCUGCUGAAAAACAUCAAAUCCGCUACUAUUAAGAGGAUACUAACCACAUUCAUACUAUCUCUAUACCGCGUGUUCGUCGAUCUGUACUUCACCUACAUGGAAAUAAACCCCAUCGUGAUAACCGGCGAGAGGUUGUACCUCCUCGACCUGGCGGCGAAGCUGGAUCAAACGGCUGACUUCAUCUGCGCGAAGAACUGGGGCGAGAUCGUGUUCCCGCCGCCGUUCGGCCGGGACGCGUACCCGGAGGAGGCGCAUAUAGCCGAUCUGGACGCGAAGAGCGGCGCCAGCUUGAAGCUGACGGUGCUGAACAAGUCGGGCCGCAUCUGGACGAUGGUCGCCGGCGGCGGCGCGUCCGUCGUGUACACGGACACGGUGUGCGCGCUCGGCGGCGCCGGCGAGCUCGCCAACUACGGCGAGUACUCCGGCGCGCCCACCGAGAGCCAGACGGCCGACUACGCGAAGACGAUAUUCAGCCUCAUGUGCCGGGACCGCCAUCCUAACGGGAAGAUGGUAAAACAUAAUAAGUAUAAUGCUUCGAUCGGCAGGCAAAUGCGCGAGGUCGGGCACCGCCUGCGCAUCCCGAUGUACGUGUUCGGGCCGGAGGCGAACAUGACCGCGAUCGUCGGGCUCGCGCUUGGCCACGCGCCCAUCCCACCCGACCACCAGCUGGACUACGCGCCGAAACAGCUGCCGAAGCCGGAGAAGAGCCCAGCGCCGCAAGUCGAGCUGCCGGAGCUGACGAACCAACUGCUCGACCUGGUCUGCUCGCAGGCGCCGACCAGGAUGGACCUGGGCCAGCAGACGUCCACCUCCAGACCGCUGUUCAGCGAUCGGACCAAGGCGAUUGUGUGGGGCAUGCAGAAUAGGGCCAUACAGGGCAUGCUCGACUUCGACUACAUAUGCCGUCGCGCGGAGCCGUCCGUGGUGGCGAUAGUUUAUCCAUUCACGGCUGACCAUAAACAGAAAUACUAUUUCGGCAACAAGGAAGUUUUUAUACCCGUGUUCUGCGACAUGGAUGUUGCGAUGCGGAAACACCAGGAGGCCACGGUGCUGGUCAACUUUGCGUCUCUCCGAUCGGCUUAUGAUAGCACCAUUCAGGCGAUGCAACACCCGCAAAUAAACACGGUGGUCAUCAUUGCGGAGGGAAUCCCCGAGAACAUGACGAGGAAAAUCAUCAAAUUGGCAGACGCGAGAGGCGUGAACAUAAUCGGUCCAGCUACCGUGGGCGGCAUUAAGCCGGGUUGUUUCAAAAUUGGCAACACAGCCGGUAUGAUCGACAAUAUCAUAGAUAGCAAGCUGUACAGACCUGGCAGCGUUGCGUACGUCUCCCGUUCCGGAGGUAUGAGCAACGAACUGAACAACAUACUGUCGAAGAACGCGGACGGCGUGUGCGAGGGUGUGGCCAUCGGCGGCGACAGAUAUCCCGGGACUACGUUCAUCGAUCACCUGUUGAGAUUCGAGGCGGACCCGAAUGUGAAAAUGCUAGUGCUGUUGGGCGAAGUGGGCGGCGUCGAGGAGUACCACGUGUGCCGGGCGAUACGCGACGGGCUCAUAACCAAGCCGAUGGUCGCCUGGUGCAUCGGCACCUGUUCCGAUAUGUUCACGUCGGAAGUACAGUUCGGCCACGCGGGUUCGCUCGCCGGCUCCGCGCUAGAGAAGGCGGCCGCUAAGAACGCGUCGCUCAAACAGUACGGCGUCACCGUGCCGGCGUCGUUCGACACGCUGGGCGACGCUGUCAGGCAGGUGUACGAGAAACUGGUGAAGGAAGGGAAGAUUAUAGUCAAAGAGGAGGUCGAGCCUCCCAAAGUGCCGAUGGACUACGACUGGGCCCGGAAACUCGGCCUUAUCCGCAAACCGGCGGCGUUCAUAAGCACUAUAUGCGACGAGCGCGGCCAGGAGCUGAGCUACUGCGGCGUGCCCAUCAGCCAGGUGCUCGAGCGGCAGCUGGGCGUCGGCGGCACUAUCAGCUUGCUGUGGUUCCAACGCGAGCUGCCCGAGUGGGCGUGCAAGUUCUUCGAGCUGGUACUGAUAGUGACGGCGGACCACGGGCCGGCGGUGUCGGGCGCGCACAACACCAUGGUCACCGCGCGCGCCGGCAAGGACCUCAUCUCGUCCGUGGUCUCCGGCCUGCUGACCAUCGGCGACCGUUUCGGCGGCGCGCUGGACCGCGCGGCGCUGGACUUCUGCGCCGCGUACGACAAGGGCCAGCACCCGCAGGAGUUCGUCAACGAGAAGCGGGCCAAGGGCGAGCUCAUCAUGGGCAUCGGCCACAGGGUGAAGUCGAUCAACAACCCGGACUCGCGCGUGCGCGAGCUGAAGGCGUACGUGACGGCGCGCUGGCCCGCGUGGCCGGUCACGCGGUACGCGCUCGACGUGGAGGCCAUCACCACGCGCAAGAAGCCCAACCUGAUCCUCAACGUGGACGGCAUCGUCGCCGCCGCCAUGGUCGACCUGUUCCGCCACUGCCAGCUGUUCGCGCAGGAGGAAGGCAACAACUACAUACAAAUGGGUUCGAUCAACGCGCUUUUCGUGCUCGGCAGAACCAUUGGUCUCAUCGGCCACUAUCUGGACCAGAAGAGGAUGAAGCAGCCGCUGUACCGACACCCGUGGGACGACAUCACCUACAUGUCGCCCCUGAACUAGGCCGCUAGAUGGCGCUCACAACAUAAUAAUAUAAAUACGCCGUAGUUGUGACGUUCGCCGGUAGAUGGCGCUGUAAUCAAAAUUAUAUGUAAAAAUAACUUUGUUCUUUGUGGUAAUUUGUUUUUUCGGUAUGAAUCAUAUUAAAUGCUUUCAUUUCAAUUGAAGGCGAAAUGACACGCGUUGGUGAGAACAACCGCUAUUUCAGUGACCUAAUUAAUAAUAAUUGACUUUAAAAAUAAUCCAUUUUUUUUGAACAGCGCCAUCUGUUAGCGGAAAAGUUAGAACAACACAUACUAGUAAAAGAGUUAAAUAUUUUGGGGAAUUUUUAUUAUUAUAAAAUAUACUUAAUUCGCUACAAUUCAAUUCUGAUCUAUAUAACUGUAACAUUUCUAUGUAAAAUUAAUAUGAAAAUAUUGCAUUUUCUAACAUUCCUUGCCCUCUCAUCUUGGCCUCGAACAUUCCUCUUUGAAUUGUAGCGAGUACAGAUAAUUAAGAAUUUACUGACAGAUAAAAAAAAAAUAUUUUUUUAUAGUUGACGUCUCGAUUAUUAUUUUUUUAUAUAGAUAAUAUUGUGGUUAAGUUAAUACACUUGACAUUUUAGUUAUACAUAGAUAAAAAAUAUAAUAACGAAGUAGUUAAAUUUAAGCUAUGUAUGGGAUGGCGGGUUUUGUGUACCUCAAAUUAUAGAACGUUCACUUAUUUAUUGAAAUGAAAAAUUUAUCGGAUAUAGUGCAUACGAAACUUAGUUUUUUAUAUAAAUUUUAAAAUAACAAAAAAUACAUGCACAAAUAUGUUUAGAAAUCGCACUUGGCGUUCUGAUGUAGGCUUAAUGAUAUAAGUACAUAUAUAUGCUUAAAAUAUUAUGAUUCAUAUAAACAAAGUACAUCGAAGCUUUUUUUAUUAUUUUUUCGAAAUGUAACUUCUAUGUUUAAAAAAUAAUAAUAACAGUGACAUUUUAUUUCCCGCUAAAAUUGAUUCAAGUAGUUUGUCCGAAAUAAAUCUUGUAUAACAAGAUAAGAAUUUUCCCUACUUUUAUGUACUUGACACUGGCAAAUAGUUGAAACUUAUUGCCAUUAUGGAAGAAAAAAAAACAACAUAAAAUUAUGACUUUGACAUUUUGCCGCCAAAUGUAAGAAAAAAAAAGUUAUAACGCUUUCAGAUACAUACUUCGAUUCGUAUUUCAAAUAAUCUCAGUAAUGGCCGUCAUUGCAUAAUAGUUAAUUUUAUGUAGAAUGCAUAUGGCGUCGACGUAGUUGUAAGUCGUACCUUGUUUAAUCUUUAAUUUAUUGGUAUAUUUGUGAAAAUGGUUGGUAGGUAUAUGUGUAAAUAUUGGAUUUGUCAAUUUUAUUUGAAUAUAUUUUUAUUUGCUGUA